GCCUGCUUGGGGUGGCUGGUGGCACUGGGUGCCUGCUCUGCUGCUCUCGCUUCCCCUUCCCGGCCUGGGUGAUGUGGCAGGGUGCUCAGUUGGGGGACAUCCCGGUUUGGGGGUGCAGGGCUGGUUUGGGGGGUGGUGGGGCACAUGCCUGUCCUUGUGUCACCCAAAACCCAGGGCUGGGAGGGUGCUCAGGCACGUGGCGAUGCUGGGGUGCCUAUGGCUGUGCAGUGCCGGUGCUCCAGGGCAGGGUGGGGAGGGUGAAAUCUCCCUCACAGGGAGCCAGGGCAGGAUCCGGCCCAGCCGGUAGUGGGGGAUUCUUGAGAUGUGGUGGAGGAUCAGCCAGUACCACGUGGGGAGGGUGCUGUGGCCAUGGCUUCUGUGGGACGCGGGACAGCCCCAGGAAGGGCCACAGUAGUGCAGGAUGCAGCCCCAGGGGCUGCUGGGGAACAGCACCCAUCUUGACGCCCCCUUGCCCUGGGCAAGGGUGAGAGGAGCCACCCCGGGAUGCCAGGGGGCAAGGGCCCUUCCCAGGGGUGCAGGUCCAUGGCCCCAAACCUGAGUGAUGGGAGGAGCGAGGCAGGCUGGGGGUGCAGCCCCCCUAGUGUGUGUCCCCCCCUGGGGCUGAUUUGGGUCCCCAGCACCAUGCAACCCCCAGGUCUGAUGGAGAGCAGUGCCCUGGUUUUCUGCAUCCUCAGAAAACUGUGCAGAGCAUCUCUUGCCCAGGCAUGUCCCACCUUAGGAUGGGGGACCCUGGUACCCCCCAUGAGGCCAUUUUGGGUCCCUAGUGGGUCUCUCCAGCGGAUGUGUGGCAUCUUCUGGGGAGGCAGGGGGUGCUUGGGGGAUAGCUGUGCCCUCCAAAAGCCAAGGCUGGCUCCUAGGGCUGCCCUGGGCAUCAUGGCCAAGCUCAUGGUGCCAAUCUGGGCUACCAGCAGCGGGGAUCCAUUCUGCCUUCCCUGGAGAGCUGCUGCGGUCCCUGGGGAGUGUGGCCAUGUGGGCUGAGCCGGGAUGUGGUGGCGGGGUGUGUGGGACAGGGCUGCUGCCCUUCCUGUUUACAAAGCGGGGUAAUUAGUCCCGGGUGGAGGAGCGGGUGUGUGGGGAGCUGGCCGAGGGGAGGUGAAGGUUGCGGUGCUGGGCAGGAGGAACCAGUGCCAUCAGGCAUGGCUGGACACAGGGUGAGCUGAGGGCUCAACCAGCUGGCACUGGGGUCGGAGUGGGCAGACAGGGGACCCGUGGGGUCCAUUGGCAUGUCUGUGGGGUCCCCAUGGGUCAAAGUGGUCCCAAAGAUCAUGAUGACGGGUUUCUUUGGGGUCCCCCUGGGUCAGGGUGGUCCCAAAGAUCAGGAUUAUGGGUGUCUAUGGAGUCCCCGUGGGUCAGGGUGGUUCCAAGAAGCAGGUUGAUGGGUGUCAGUGGGGUCCCUGUGGGUCAGGGUGGUCCCAGGGGAGCAGGGUGAGGGGUAUCUAUUGGUCAUGGUACCCUUAGGAAUCAGCAUGAUGGGUGUCUGUGGUGGCACUGGGGGGCAGGGUGGCCCAGGGGGACAGGACAAUGGGUGUCUCUGGGGUUCCCGUGGGUCAGGGUAGCCCAGAAGAGCAAGAUGAGGUGUCUGUGGGGUCCCUGUGGGUCACAGUUCGUGGCACUGGUUAGGUGGCCACAGCAGUUUCCCAGUGCCACUGUCCCAUGUGGGAGGUCCCAUCCCAUCCUGUCCCAGGCCUUGGCCCCACUGCCAGCCCCACAGAGGCGGGGCACAGUCCUGCCCGCCCCUGGCCAUGGGGCCUGGCCACCAGCCCCACAGCAUUUAGGAGGGGCACUCUGAGCCUCAGCAGUGCCAGCCUGACCUCACUUACCUCUCGCCACCACUCAGCCCCCCAGGUAGGCACCUUGGGGCCCCAGGGACUGGACCCCCCUUUGUGGCACUCAGCUGGCCCCAUGCAGGUGGAGGCUGUGGGGCACUGGGCACCCCACUGGGUGGGUUCCCUCAAGGAAGAGUGGGUGCAUUUGGCAUGGAGAAGGGCCAGGGAGGUGGGGAAAGAUGUGGGGCUGCGUCUCUGUGCCGCAGCUCUGGGGGUGUCUUUGUGUGCUGGUGGAGUGAUGCUGUGCCCAAAGGUACUGCUGCAGCUCACACAGCCCCGCACCAGGGUCCCUGGGAUCCCCCUGGGUCAGCCUGGGGUGCUGCCCCGCACCAGGGUCCCUGAGGUCCCUGCGAGGUGACCCUGUGUCAGCAGGGCAGCCCAGGCAGGUCCAUGGCCAGAGGCUGGCGGUGAUCCCAGAGUUCAGGAAGGGCCCGGGAAUCCCAGGCAUCCCCCGCCGGGUGCACCGGGGCCUCUGGCAGCCGCGCCGGGCUGAGUCAGCCGGUGGCCAGCACAGCCCUGAGCACCCAACCACCCUUCAGAGGUGCCGCGGGGUGCCUCGGCCAGCUCGGGGCGUGGGUGUCUCGCUGCGGCGUGACUCUUGGGAUUGAGCCGGCAUCUCUGGCGCUUCCAGCUGCAGCGUAACCCACUCCGUGUCUCUCCCCAGGGCCACCACACUCUCCGUGGAGACCAGCAGCUCAUUCCCACAGCUUGGCAUGCACCAGCCCCUCGAGCCCCCUGGGCCGCAGCCCCUGGGCUACGGCAAGUGCAGCCCGGUGGGCAGCGAUGCCGGGAAAGCUGCUGGGUGCAGUGCAGGCAGCGAGGCCAGCGGAGGCAUCGGGAAGGGGCCAGUGAUCUGCAGUGCCAUAUGCGGGAACCCCUACGCGGGGCUGGUGAGCCACCUGCGGGCAGCCUGGCUCUCGGGGAAGACACGGCCCUUGGAGUACCGCAUGGCCCAGCUGGAAGCCCUGGGACGCUUCUUGGAUGAGAAGAAGCAGGACAUCCUGGAUGCCACCGCCUUGGACAUGGGCAAGCCAUCCUUUGAGGCUUACUUCACUGAGAUCCUCCUCUGCAAGAACAAUCUCAAUGACACCCUGAACAACCUGUCCCACUGGAUGAAGGACGAGUACGUGGACAAGAAUCUGGUGACACAGCUGGACUCGGCCUUCAUCCGCAAGGACCCGUAUGGCGUGGUGCUCAUCAUUGCACCCUGGAACUACCCCAUCCACCUCCUCCUGGUGCCCCUCAUUGGGGCCAUUGCUGCUGGUAACUGUGUUGUUGUCAAACCCUCGGAGACAUCCAAGAACACAGAGAGGCUUGUUGCUGAAAUGCUGACCUGCUACCUGGACAAUGACUGCUUUGCCGUGGUGACCGCGGGUGUGCAGGAGACCACCAGGCUGCUGGAGAACAAGUUUGACUACAUCUUCUUCACUGGCAGCCCCUCCGUGGGGAGGAUCGUGAUGACAGCUGCCGCCAAGCACCUGACGCCCAUAACACUGGAGCUGGGGGGCAAGAACCCCUGCUACGUGUCUGACACCUGCGAUGUGCAGAACGUGGCCCGGCGCGUGGCCUGGGGCCGCUUCUUCAAUGCGGGGCAGACCUGCAUUGCACCCGACUACGUGCUGUGCAGCCUGGAGAUGCAGGAGAAGCUGAUGCCUGCCCUGCGUGAGGCCAUCACUGAGUUUUACGGCCCCAACCCGCAGGAAUCCCCCGACUUCGGCCGCAUGGUGGGGGACAAGCACUUCCAGCGGGUGCAGGCACUGCUGCGCAGCGGGCGUGUGGCCAUCGGGGGACAGACGGAUGAGAAGGAGCGCUACAUCGCUCCCACGGUGCUGGUGGAUGUGCAGCACUCUGAUCCUAUCAUGCAGGAGGAGAUCUUCGGCCCCAUCCUGCCCAUUGUUGUUGUGGCCAGUGUGGACGAAGCCAUUGACUUUAUCAACAGCCUUGAGUGGCCACUGGCUGUGUAUGCCUUCUCCUCCGACGACAAGGUGGUGAAACAGGUCCUGGAGCGGACAAGCAGCGGUGGCUUCUGUGGCAACGACACCCUGAUGCACGUGACAUUGACCUCGCUGCCCUUUGGUGGAAUUGGGAGCAGCGGCUUGGGGAUGUACCAUGGCAAGUUCACCUUCGAAACCUUCAGCCACCACCGUGGCUGCCUGCACCGCGGCAUGGGCCGGGAGGCCAUCAACAGCCUGCGCUACCCGCCCUACAGCCGGCAGAAGCUGGGCAUCGUCCGGGCUGCCUCCGAGGUGAAGCGCAAGGGGGCCUGCAUCCUGCUCUGA